AUGGGGCCCAGUCACCGUUACGAUCUCGUCAAAAACCAUGACGAAUCCGAUAUCAAGGACGAGAAGGACGAGCCUCAGCUGCCCACACCACCCACAUCGGUAACCUGGUGGAAGAUUCUGCUCGGCGUCUUCUGUCUCUUGGCUAGUGCCGGUAUCGGUGCGACACUCGCACUCGUGCUUCGUCCCUUGCCCCAGCAGUCGAGCAGCCCUGCUGCCACCGGCACAGCAGCGCCCGCGAUUAUCAGUGCCUCGAGCGCCAUCGCCAGCUCCAGCAGCACCUCACGCGUCGACCUCCCCCUCCCCACGCGCCCCGUCGACUCGGUGGAGGACAAAGUGGAAGACGCCGACGGUUUGGACGGCGAGAUUCUCGACUGCGGAUACAGUCCCGAAGAGGCGCGCGCCAAGGGCUGCGUGUACGACGUGAUGAUGCAAGACUGGGUGCCGGAGCCGUGCUACGACGCCGUGCUAACGGAGCGCUACCUCGCACAGGGCAACUGGACGUGGUACGCCGACGCCGAGGGCAAGGUGGUGCUGACGGACGAGGAGAUGCGCAAGGGCGAGCACGGCGCCGCCUGGAUGUCGUCUAGCUACCACCAGGCCCACUGCAUCUUCUCGUGGGACAAGACGGUGCGCGCCCUGCGCAACAACCGGCCCAUCAGCCAGGAACUCCUGUCCUACGACCACGUCCUGCACUGCAGCCACCAGACCCUCAACGGUGCCGAGGUCGACGAGAGCAUCGGCGUGCGGGCGCCCACCAACUACGCCAAAUGUGCGCUGUACGAUACGUGGAAGUACAACUGGAUCCCCGACAGGCAUUCUUCCACGACAGAUUGA